GAAACGGAACGGAACGGAACGGAACGGAGUCUCAGCGAGGCACGAAUAUGCGCCCAAGGUGAAUCCUGAUGAACGUAUCAUCGAUCGGUGGUUGCUGAACCACCCGCUGUGCUCGGUCCACGCGUGUACGCGCAAAGAGACGCGCUUCUCUGGCUGUCGUUUCCGCUACUGUUGCUCCUCCGGCGUUACGCCGAGGACCCCAGGCCAUCGAACAAUUUUCUACUCGCGUGCGCCGACCGUCAACCGUCAACCGUCAACCGUCAACCGUCAACCGAUCGUUCCUCCUCGUCGAACCCGGUGAUCGAGGCCCAACUGGUCGCGGGGGGGGCAAAGAUCGCCGGCGGAAAGAGAAAAGAGGAAAGAGGACAGAUACUGAGGAGGAGAGACGGCUUUUAUCGAUUGUCGCGGUGAGACGAGAUACGCGAGACGUGCUGGACCCGCGAGCGCAAGAUUUUGCGUCGCGACUCGAAUCAAUUCGUCUGGUCCACGCGCCACCCUCGCCAGGAUCGGUUUAAACAAACUGGACGAUUACCGAUCCGCGUUCCCUCCGCCGAUGGUGUGUGUUUCUAGCGACAAACCGUCCUCGUUAUCCGCGAGCGACAAGACUGGUUCAUCGAACAAUCUAUGUGAUCGGUUCAUCUAACCAAGUUUUCUACGUGUGAUGAUCUGUUGCUGGAGAUACAACGAGGUUACAAUUGUGCCAGACGUUGAUAAUUACCGGUACGGUUACAAGGGAUGAGUGACUGAAAGGAAGUGGUCAAUGAAACAAAGUCGUCCAAGAGCUGCUGAUGCAACAGAACGAAUGAAUAACUGGAAACUAUGCUGGUGUGUUGUACAACACAAUUUUCGGUCGAAGGAUAUAUCGAGCGGCUAUACGAGGAAACCACGAAGUAAUGAUCAGAGGUACGCGGUCUGGGGUGGUGACCGCGAAUUUCAGACAAGCGAGUCGCACCGCGCACGGCUGCCGAUCGAAAUCUUACCUGAACGGUAAUCUGCUGUUGAGGAUCCUUCUCAGUCUCUGUUGCAUCACGAACAGUUGUUGCGAUUGGAGGGAAAGGAUGACGCGAGGGAUCAAAGAUUUGCAGAUUGCUCUGAAUCGUCCGUCUCAGCCCGGGCACUGCGAUUUGGAGAAGAGUUGCGAUUGGUCGUGGAACCAAACGCUCGGGUUUAAAAGAAUCACGCCAUCGGCACGUAACAGAUACGGGCCAAAGACGGAUGCCAGUAACGCGAAAGCAGGACAUUUCUUGUGGAUCAGUGGCUUCGACAAUGCUCAAAUGUGGUCUUCCACGAUCCCCCGAACUGGAUCACGUUGUGUUUUGGAAUUAUCCAUGUAUCAGAUCGAGAUGAUCGACGGAUACGUCACCCUUCUUAUAAUGACAAACGACACGAGUUUAGUCGCCGCGAGAAAAGCAGGAAAUAAUAAUGCAACAUGGGAGACAACGCGUUUUAAUCUGGGUGCAAUUAGUCAGCCACAUCAAUUAUUUUUAGAGAUACAGGCACAGUACGCUAACUCUAGCAUUGGAAUUGAUAACAUUCGCCUGAUUGACUGCUUUCCGGAGUCGACGCCACUAGGAGAAGCUUGCACGGAAGAUAUGUUUCUCUGCAAUAACGGUUCGUGUUUAAACAGAACUCGUAUUUGCGACCUGACAAAAGACUGCGCUGACGGCGAAGACGAAGCCCUUGAUUGCGAUAAAAUACCAGAGAAUGCUAGAUGUAACUUCGAGCACGGAUGGUGUGGUUGGCAAAAUGUUCUAGGGAGACCUUUAAAUUGGACCCUUCAUCGUGGAGCAACGCCGUCCGACAAAACUGGGCCUAGUUACGACCACACGUACCGUAACGCAUCCGGAACAUACGCGUACGUGAAUAUGUCUAAAAAAAUUGUUUACGGAAGUCGUGCUACCAUGGAGAGUCCAUUGUAUAAUCCAACGCCGCCGUAUAGCAGCGAUCCAAAAAGUCGUUAUCAUCGAUCCUGUCAAGUACGUUUCUUCGUUCAUCAAUACGGUGUGCACAGUGGUGCACUUGGAUUAUAUUUAGUACAAGUAAAACCGCAUCAGAACCUUUCCGAAAGGCUAUGGUGGUCCUUUGGCAAUAAAAACGACAUUUGGCACAAUCAGGCUGUCGCUUUACCCGACAUUAAAUACAGGUAUUUUCUGCAAUUUGAGGCAAACAGAGGCUAUGCCUCAAAGGGUGAUGUAGCGAUCGAUGACUUCUCCUUAAGUCCAGAAUGUUUUGGCAUUGGAAUUCCACCAGAAAUUGUGGGAGAUUUCAAUUACUACAACCCUAUUAUAGACUCGGAAAAAGUUCCUGAGCAACAUGCAGAUUUUGUGAAUGAAACUGUCAUUCGAAUUAAUACUUGCGGAGCAACUGGCAGAAUAGGUCCCACUGCUGAACAAUGUAUAGAGGAGUAUAAUAAAACGGGAGUACAAUUUAUUAUACCACCACCAUCAUUAGAAGACACUUCUUCCAAUUUAAACGGCGUUCAACGAUGGAUUGCUCCUCGCGGUGGAUAUUACACUUUAAUCGGAAUGGGUGCACGCGGAGGAAAAGGAUCGAGCGGAAUGGGUAGCACAUUAGGUGCUCUCGUGCGUGGUGUCGUAGAGCUAGAAAAGGGUGAACAAUUACACUUCAUGGUGGGCCAACCUGGAUCCAACGCGUGUCCUAAAAGUUUAGGACUUAUAGAAGAUAGUUGCCAGACUGGUGGAUCACAUCCGUAUGGAUCAUCUCUCACAGGAAUUACGUCUGCUAUAAAUGCAGUGAAAAAUAUUAAAAUCAAGGAUGGUGGAGGAGGCGGAGGCGGAGCAACGUAUAUCUUCACAUUGAAAGCUAAUGGACAACAGCAUCCGAUACUCAUUGCAUCGGGUGGAGGUGGUAUAGGAUUCGGACAAUUUGUUGACAAUGGUCUUCAACACGGACGAGGACCAGCGCCCUCUGGAAGACAACCAACGUCGGGUUCAGUUCUUUCAACAGAAGCAGGUGGACCUGGCGGUGGAUGGGAUUGGUCGUCGAGCAGCGAUUCCAGUCAACGAACUUCCGCUGGUACAUCCCUUGUUCAGGGUGGCGUAGGAGGAAUUGGUUGCGGGCCUAGGAAUCAAAGCCACGGCAACGGUGGAUUUGGUGGUGGAGGUGGUGGAUGCUUGACAGGAGGUGGAGGUGGCGGUUACAUAGGUGGUGAUACCGGCCACAAGGAAAGUGCAAAUGGCGAUGGCGGUUACUCGUAUGGCAGCCGUGAACUUAUGCACGUUCACUUCCAGCCAGCGAUAAGUCACGGAACUGGUGAGAUUUUCAUUAUUCCCGCCAUCAGUGGUUGCGGUUGCGACUUCCGUUGCGUCGCUCUCGACCAGUAUCUCAACGAGACGAAAUGUCUUUGUCCACCGGGAUGGUUGCUGAGCAAUGACUCGAGAUCGUGCGUCAUGGCUGACGAUUCGAAGGUUACGCAUCGAACGUUCAUGAUACUGCUCGUAGCAGUGAGCAUUGGGUUGCUCAUUGCUUUCACAACUGUCUGCCUGCUACUAUAUAACCGUUACCAAAGUCGAAAGGCGCUUUUACGUCGGCGACAAGUAAUGUUUGGUAAUGGUACGGAAUUAACGUCACUGCGCGCCGUUUCGGAUACUAUGAUGACCGAAUUCAAUCCGAACUACGAAUUCGCUGGAAAUCUCUAUAGCUUUAAAGACUUGCCGCAAAUCCCUCACGAAUAUAUCAAUUUGGGAAAACCUCUCGGGCAAGGCGCUUUCGGCCAAGUGUUUCAAGGUGUGUACAGAUGCAACGAGGAGCAUCCUGUCGCCGUGAAGACUAUACCAUCGUCGUCCAUCUUCGAGCCUGGGCCCCAGACCGAGGCCGAUUUCAUGAUGGAGGCUCUGAUCAUGAGCAAAUUCAAUCACCCGAACAUAGUACAUUUCAUCGGCGUUUCGUUCGACAAAAAUCCAAAAUACAUAGUCUUAGAGUUGCUAGCCGGUGGUAAUUUGAAAAACUUCCUUCGCGAGGAGAGACCACGCGCGGAUCGUCCCACGUCGUUGACGAUGUUGGAUUUAAUACUGUGCGGCUACGAUGUCGCGAAUGGUUGCAAAUACAUGGAAGAGGCCCGUUUCAUUCAUCGGGAUAUUGCGGCGAGAAAUUGUUUGCUCACGUGCAAGGGACCCGGUCGAAUAGUCAAAAUCGCGGAUUUCGGGAUGGCUAAGGAUAUUUACAGAAGCGAGUAUUAUAGAAAAGGAGGCACGACUAUGUUGCCUAUUAAAUGGAUGCCGCCAGAGAGUUUCUUGGACGGAAUAUUCACGACGAAGACCGACGUCUGGGCAUUCGGCGUUUUAUUGUGGGAAAUCAUGUCUUUCGGAUAUAUGCCCUAUACAGGGUGCACUAAUAGAGAAACUAUAUCGAUGGUAACGUCGGGUGGUCGUUUGGAAAAACCAGUCGGAUGCCCCGACCCUAUUUAUGGAAUAAUGAAUAAUUGUUGGCGUCCACGACCCGAAGAUAGGCCUAGUUUCGCGACAAUCGUUGAAAGGCUUGGUUACUGCCUACAGGAUCCUGACGUGAUCAAUCAUCCAACGCCUAACUUUGAUAUUUUGCCACUUUGCGAUCGCGAGGUAACGAUCAUGAGACCAGAUCCAGAAGCAGAGUGUAUAAAUGUACAAUCAGAAUUAGAUACGUGUGGAUACAUGCAGCCUAAAAUUAUUGAUCCGCAAUCAGCCAGUCAACGUCUGGCUCAAGCUGCUGCUUGUAGCGCUUUAACGAAUCCCAGAAACGAACAUCCGAUCAAAAAGGAUUCGAACGAAAAAAGUUUCGCGCAGCCGAUAGAUCGUCCGCAGGAACGAUUUCAUUGCAAUCCAUAUGGUUCUAAUACAGAUACCCCCGAGAAAACUUUCGGCGGGAAUACGAGUCGCGAUGAUUUUGGUGAUCAGAAUGAUGAUACAGAGAAUAAAUGCAAGGCUGAUAGUUCGAAUCAAGCGGAGAAGAAUGUACAUCGAAUUUUAACGGACAUCGAGAAUAGCGGUAAGUUAGGAACCGGAGACAAUGGUAAUAACCGUCCAGGGGAAAUCGAAAGUCCUCGGAGCAGCACCAUAGACGCGACAGGCGUCGACAGAAGAAACGGUAACGAAAGUAUAACCACCACUGACACAAACUUCGAUUCCUUGAUCGUUGCUUCCUCGGACACGCCGCCUGACGCGACCAACUCGUCGCCGAACACACGUGUCUGCUCCCCUAGUCACGCUAGCUUAAAUACAAGUGCCACUAACGUGAAUGGAAUGUUAAAGAAAAAUGCUUUGAAGGCUGCUCUCAGUUUAGAUCCUAGCACUUUGUGUCGCGGUACGAUACCCUACGAAAAAAUAGCGUUCUCGCCACCGCCACAACGGUCAAGCACUCCUGGCAGCAUGGAGAUCAAAAAGGAUCCUCUGGGUCGUCAUCUAUCGAGAGAAGAGGAAUGCUCCUGCUGAGAUUUGUUGAAAGGGGAGUGACAGGACUCCCCGGUCGCCGCAGUUGCAACUCGUGUAACUACCGCUAGAAAAUCGCUGCGACGAUCAGCUACGAUAAUCGCAGACUCGGCAACACCGCGUCUCGUGGAAUCCACCUCGUCUCUGUGGAUACGAAACGAAGAGUACCCGCGUCGUGUGCAUUCCGAAGAGACGCUCUUGUGAUCGCUGAGCGGUUCGUUAUUCCCCUGAGAACGCUAGUACACAUUGUCUCCGCGAGAGGGACGAGUUCAAUUGUGUUUAUUAAAUGGACGGACAUGCGCACUGCGGGGAGAAAGAUAGAUAUCGUAAGGCCUAUUACCUAGCAAAAGUUACUCGACACUCUCCUCAUACCACGAUGUCACCACAUUCCCCCGAACCUAGGACUGAUCUUUCUUUCUUCCUGCAAUACAAUUUAUGGAAUUCGUUGCGUCGACGAAUCUCGACCCGGCAUUCAUCGAAGGUACAAGGAAUUGCAAUAACCGUCCGUUAUCAAAUCCAACCAAAUCCUUUUUCUCGACGCGUAUACGCAUACACACACGCACAAAUGCGCGCGCUCAAUGUUACACGUAUGUAUGUUAACCGAUACGAAGCGAACAGUGAACGCAAGCAGCACAUUUCGUAACACCGAUCUACAACCACACUCCAUCGCAGUUUCAAAUAAAGAAUAUAACAAAUUAUCCAAGGAAAAUUAUAUAGGUAGACAUAGCUGUUAUGAGUUUAUCGUGAAUGUUCCUCCUGCCAAAGGACGACAGACAAAAUAUCACGAUUCUACUUGUCCUCCAUGAAGUAUGCAGGAUGAUCGUCAAUGUUGCGAGCCGUAAUGUAUGAAACAUUUCGGAAGGUUCCAAGCCAUAUACACCGUGUACAUUGGGCUGGACCUUAUUUAUACUCGAUAACAAAUUUUUUUUCCGCCCCCUCCCCCCUGAAAUUGUGACACUGGAUGAAAAAUAUGAAAUUGAUCGGACAACGGGAAAUGGUGCUACAUCGAAUUUGAAAAUUGUUUUUUUUUUUUCGUUUUACAAUGGUUUAAUUUUUCCUCGGUGUCGCAAAAAGAAUUACGAAAAAAAUUUUUCAUCGAGUAUAAAUACGGUCGACCCUAAUGUACAUGUAUAAUACGAAACAGAUUUAAAAAAGAGUGAGUAUGCGUGAGUGGUUGAGUGUCUGAGUGAGUGAGUGAGAGAGAGAGAGACAAUAUACUGUACACAAGACCUAAUUUACAUAGAAGGAGAAAAAAAAUACAUGUCUGCAGCGUUCUUUCUAUACAUACCUGUAAACCUUUGCAUACAUAUAUGAUAUAUAUUGCGUACAUGC